UUGACCUCCAGCCGCAGAGAAAACAAGACCCGGUGGUGUGCAGUAGGAAAGAAUGAGAAGAGCAAGUGUGACCUCUGGAGUGUGAUGAGCAACGGGGAUGUGGAGUGCACUGUGGCAGACAACACCAAGGACUGCAUUAUCAAGAUCAUGAAAGGUGAAGCAGAUGCUAUCAGCUUAGACGGAGGUUUUGUCUACACUGCCGGCGUGUGUGGCUUGGUGCCAGUGGUGGGAGAAAGCUACGAUGAUGACAGUCAAUGCAGCAAAGCAGAAGGAGAACCAGCAUCCUACUUUGCUGUGGCUGUUGUGAAGAAAUCUGACAGUGGUAUCACAUGGAACAACCUUCAAGGCAAGAAGUCAUGCCACACCGCUGUCGGGAGAACUGCUGGCUGGAACAUCCCCAUGGGCUUGAUUCACAACAGGACAGGAAACUGUAAUUUUGAUGAAUACUUCAGCGAGGGCUGUGCUCCCGGGUCUCCUCCUAACUCCCGCCUCUGUCAGCUCUGCAAGGGCUCAGGGGGGGUCCCGCCAGAGAAAUGCGUUGCCAGCAGCCACGAGAAAUACUAUGGAUAUACUGGAGCUUUCCGGUGUCUCGUUGAGCGUGGGGAUGUGGCCUUUAUUAAGCAUUCAAUUGUGCAGGAAAACACUGAUGGCAAAAAUAAAGAAGACUGGGCCAAAAAUCUCAAAAUGGACCAAUUUGAGUUGCUGUGCACUGACGGGAAACGAGCAAAUGUCAUGGAUUACGGGCGCUGCCACUUGGCCAAAGUUCCUACCCAUGCUGUGGUCACACGUCCUGAGAAAGCAGACAAAGUCCGUGAGCUGCUGGAUAGACAAGAGAAACGGUUUGGAACAAAAGGAACAGAGACAGAGAAGUUCAAGAUGUUUGAGUCUGAAACCAAGGACCUUCUGUUUAAAGACUUGACCAAGUGUCUGGUCAAACUCCGCGAUGGAAUAACGUACAAGGAAUUCCUUGGAGAUCAAUACUAUGCUUCAGUCGCUAGCCUCAACACCUGCAAUCCAUCAGAUCUCCUCCAGGUGUGCACCUUCCUUGAGGACAAGUAGUGAGAUGGGAAGGACCGUUGCUGGAGGGGGAGGACACUUCAAGCCAGGACUCCUCUCGUGCCCUCAGUACCGAACACCAAUCCAUGGAGGGCCUUCUGCCUUCACUGCUUCUCUGCCCUUCCUCAUCACUCUGAAAGUGGCUGUUUGAGACUUUACCAUUCUCUGCUGCCAUCACAGCAAGAAAUAAAAUCUCAAAUCUAA